AAAAAUUUCACUCAUUUUUUAUCCCCCGCCGGAGGCUAUUAAACGAGUGAGUUCGAAACCCUAAUCCCUGGUAAUAAAACCUGCUGCAGUCGGUUGCAAACCCUAGUUCAGUAAAGAUAAUGGCAAUAGACUCGAUAAGGAGAAUGAGACGGGAGAACAUAUGCGAGGGCGAAUAGGAUCAGUCGAAUGCUAUGCAAUUUUUUUCUUUUCCCGGAGCUCAUUUCAAUAGGGGGAUGCUGCAGUAAUCUGCACUGAACUGCAUAUGAUAUUGGAGAUGGUCAUUGCUACAAAGAAGUUCUUGGUUGAAUGGUUUUAGUGUGCAUGCUAUGCCGAGGUUUUAAUUGGAUGAGGGUGGUGGCAUUUGGUAUUUUUACUAAUUGAAAGAGAAAUUAGAAUGAUUAGCUUGUGCCUUUGGUGACUGGUUUGGGGAAGCAUAUAUAGCAUUGAAGCUAUGCUACUGAUUGAUUAGUAGUUGAUCAGUUUUUACCUUAAUUCUUAAAUGCAAAAGCAAGGCAGGUUGCAGUUGCUGCCAAUAUUUUUUUUGCCAAAUUGGAGGAAUGUUUCUGAUAAACAAUGGAAGUUUUCAACCUGAGAGUAAAAUAGAUAGUUGGAAAUGUUUAAGAGAAAGAAGUAGCAAAUUUAAUUGCUAGUUUGCACUUGAGACUUGAACAGGAGAUUGUAUGCUCACAUCAGCGCAGACUGCAAGCCUUUUGCGAGUUUCAACAAACUACACCUACCUUGGAAAGGCAAAUCUUUGAUGAGAACCUGCAUGGCUUUUCUAACACUCUCAGGGAUGGAAUCCGUGAGUACAUGUUAAAGUUUUUGGAAGGAGCUUCAGCUACAUGUCAUUGACUAUUGGCAUCAUCAUUUGGUUUUUCAUCUUCUGGACUACCCUUUCACAUUAUUUGUCAAAUAAUUUUCUUUGCUCUUCUCCCUUUUGAUCCUUGCCUUUUUGUUUACCUGUCUCAGUAUUCUAUUAGUUGCAGGUGCCCACCUGAAUACUUAUUUUCCUUCUUAUAUUCCUGAUCUAGCUUAGUUGGUAGUUUUGGUGCAGACAGAGGUAUGUCAGAUCCUCAGACUCGCACCCCAGGACAGCUCAAAGUGUCAGAGCUGAAAGAGGAGCUGAAAAAACGAGGAAUUACGCCAAAAGGGUUGAAGAGAGAUCUUGUAGAGAAACUUGAAGAAGUUCUUCGAAAAGAAGCUGAGGAGCAUUUCAGCAAUACAUCAAGUGAUUACUUAUUUCAGCAAGUCCCAGAUGGUUCCAACUCACCUGUUCGAGGUUCAAGUGGUUCCAAUUCACCUAUUCGAGGUUCAAGUGAUGUCGACUCAUCUGCACUAAGAUCAAGUAGUUAUUACUCACCUCUGCCUGUUGCAGAUUCAACCCAAGGAUAUGGUGCUCUGCCAUCUGUGACAGAUACUGGAAAUGAAGGCUCUUAUUCACUUUUGCAGGUUGCAGACUCUAAAGACGCACAUUUUAUUUCAAAUCAGCAAGUUGAGGAUCAUGCAAAUUAUGGUGAUUUUGGAAGUAAAGAUGCAGAGAUUAAAGGGCAAGAAUCAGAUUACAUGUUGCAAGCAGGGAAUGAAUCUGCUUUGGAACCAGAACAGAGGGAAUGUGAUAACCAAAAGGAGGAAAAUCUUGAACAUGUUGAUUCUGCCAAAAUUAGUCCUCGGGGAUUGGUAUCUGGAUCUGAGCAUCUCUGCCAUGAUGGAAAGGAAGGUGCAGCUGAUGACUGUGAAACCAGACAGACUGUUUGUGGGGCAAAUGAAAAGGCUGCUGAUGUAUGUGGAUCAGAAGCCCUGGGUUUUGUAGCAUACUUUCAGAAGUCCAUUCUUGUAGAUGAGAUGGAAGCCAAACCAGAUGAAGGCUCAAUAUUGAGUCAUAGUGGUCCAAGCAUGCUGGAGAAGAAUUCUAGAACACUGGAAGAGCAUAUUCAGUACCAGGGUCUGGAUCCUGUACUGGACAAAGUUGGAGCAGAUGCCAAAAGCAGGAUUGAGAAAGGGGAAGUUGUCCAUGUUUCAGAUAAUAUUGUUGAUCAAAUUCAUUCAAAAGCAAGCAGUGAAUAUCAAUCUGAGGAGCAGGAAGAAAAAGAAAUCAGCUUGACAGCUAACAAAGCUGAAAAUCUGAAGAUGAGUGGGAGUGGACCAGAUUAUAUUCAUCCUACAAAAUCUGAAGUAGUCACUGCCUUUCAAGACAUACAUCAAUCUGUAGGUACAAAUCCUCCUUACGAUUUUAAAUCUGAACUUGGACAUAAUUAUCAGUAUUCAGAAGCUACAAUUCUUGAACAGGAUAUGGUUGAGAGUGAGCCUCCCAGGGAAACAGACAAAAUGGAAAUUACAGAGCAGGGAAACAAUAGUGGGAAGUUGCCUGGGUCGAGUGAGACUGAUCUAAAUUUAGAAGAUUUGCAUAGGUCCGAAUCAAAUCCUGUUGGUCUGAAGAAAAGUGAGUCUAAUGUAAAAGACAUGCAGAUGUUGGAAUCAAAUGCAGUCUGUAGAGAGAAUAUGGAACCUGAACAUGCACAAAAUCAAUAUAUUAGCGCGAAUUCUCCAACACAUGUUUUGAAAUCUAAACUGAAAACUGACCAUGAAGGGGUAGAAAAUGACCAUUUCAAGCGGAACGAAGAAGAAUACUAUCAUUCCAUGUGUGUGAGUACUGUUGAAGUAGGAGAGACAGAAAAGAAAGAAAAUAGUCAAUCAUUUGACAAAGGGCUUGAAUCAAAUGAGACAGAUAUAAAUGUAUCUGAGAAGCAGAUAACCAGAAUAGUAGAAUUUGAAGCUGAGAAGAGUCAGCAUAUUAGUUCACAUUGUAAUUUUGGAAAGUUAAAACCUGAGGAAACACGUAACAUAGAAAUAUUAGAAACUGCUCAGAAUGAACAUAAUCAAGCAGAAUGCAGCUAUACUACUGUAAUGGAUGAGUUAAAACGUGAAGACCAAGAGGCUAAAGCAAAUGCCUUAACAUAUCAAAGUGAUGGAGUGUCUAUGUUAACUUCAUCUAACAAAAUAUUGGAGGAGAUGCAACAACACGAACAAGCAUCUUACAGUGAGGGGCAGGUUGAAUACCAAGUUGGCCAGAGUCAUGAGAGCAGUUUUGAACUACCUCAUCACAAAUCUGAAUGUGAUUCUGGAAAUAACAUUAAAGAAAGAGAACCUAAAGAGCUUGAUCAAGUGAUGGAGGACCACUAUAAAUGCAUAAAAAUGAGUGUUCAGGAAUCCGAGCAGGAAAGCAAAGUCAGUCUUCCAGAUUUCAGGAGAGAUGGUCCAUUUCAAUCACUUGCAACAGAUUCAAGGAUGGCCGAUGAGAGAAAACAGGAAAUUAUCUCAGCUCUUGAAGAUUCUAUAGAACAUGAUUUUUCUCACAGUGAAAACACUGUUCAGAAGUCUCUCUUGCGUGAAUCCGAGAUCAAACCUAGAGCCAAUGCAAAAGUAUUAGAAGGUAAUAAUCAACAUACCAUGAAAACAAGGAAAGGGGAACAUGAGAAGCAGGAAGAUGAAACAAAUGAAUUGAUUAUGGAGGGUGGAAAUAAACUACAUAUUUCUUUUACUGAUGAAUGGAAUAGUAAAUCAGAAUUUCCUGACCAACACUUUAAAAUGGAUUCAGAUUCACCAAGGAAAAAGUUUGAGGAUCCCGAGAGUCGGAAGUUGGGACAUACUGAAACUGUAGAAUUGGUCCCAAUGGAUGUUGACUUUGAAGGGCAGAUGGAGAAGAAGCAGAAGGAUGAAUGCAUUAAUCAAGAUGUUGAGCCAAGACAAGAACCUGCAAAAAGACAGCGGCGCUGGAAUUCUGGGAAGAAUUUGUUGGAGGCUGGUAACACUAGGCCAUUGACAACUGACACCCUUAAGGACAUUAUUUCUCAAGAGGCUGCAGAAGGAUUUGUUGCAUCUUCAUCUUUACAUCCUUUGGUUUCACAUCCAGCCACUUCUUCAAGCCAGUCUCUGUCAAAGGCUGAGAAAACAUCCUUCUCAAGACCAGCUCCUCCUCCUCUGAAAGCUGAUCCUGUUUCUAAUGGAGAAUGUCAGAAACCAAGAAUUGUUCCACCAUCUCAUAGAUCUCCUACAAGCUCUCUAAAAGUUGAAAGGUUUCUUCGACCUUUCACAGUUAAGGCCUUAAAAGAGCUUCUUUCAGAGACAGGAAUGGUCAAAUACUUUUGGAUUGACCCGAUAAAGACACACUGUUAUGUAACUUAUUCUUCUGUGGAGGAAGCAGUAGCAACACGAAACGCUCUAUACAACCUCAAAUGGCCCAUAAUUGGAGGGCGCUUACUGAUUGCUGAAUUCGUUGAGCAUGAAGAAGCGAUGUCACAUGGUGAAAGCCAAUCUGCCCACUUGUCAAACACUCGGAACUCAGUGCCGCAUAAGGAUAUCACUCAGGGCCCAUCUCCAUUACCUCCACAAGGACCUUCUGCACAGGCACUUCGUUCACCUCUGCAGCCUGAUGUAAAGGCUAAGACAACCAUGAUGCCUAAGAAGGACCCUGAACCAGAACCUGCAGUUUAUACUCUUGAUGAUCUGUUCAAGAAAACUCGAGCAAAGCCACACAUCUAUUAUUUGCCAUUAAAUAAAGAGCAGGUAGCUGCUAAGUUGGCUGCAAGGAUACAAGAUCAACAAAACAGAUCGUAGGUCAACUGUAAAAGAAUGAGUGGAGGUGCUAUCGUGUGUUUUAUUUUAAACCUUCUCAAGUGCAAAUGCUUGAUGCAGUUAAAUCUCAAGAAAGGUGGAAGAUAUACAUGUACGUACAGAGAAAAUAGAAAACUAGAACAUACAAUUUUUUUUCUGGUUAUUGGAAAGCAGAAUGUUUCUGAUUAUGAUAGAAUAACAUGUAUCGACCUCUGAAAUAUUUCAAUUACUCUUUGGUUCAUGCUGGGAGGACAGCUGUAUGGCAGUUUUUGACAUAAUUCUAAAUGAUUCUUGUUUACUGUUAUUUACACGCUGUGAAGACAGCCAUAUGGUCACAUGGUUGUUUUCUAUGUUGCAGCUGCUAGAUUGUCUGCAAGGACUCAAGGUCGACAAAUGCAGACCUGUGAAUAACCCAUCUGUAAAAGUACUUGUAUAGCUGCUAGUGUGUAGUAUUCAAUUUCUUAUCUUUCUAGCAUAAAAUGCAAAUGCGUUUAAUAACUUGGUUA